AUGAACGUUUCGGCAUUUCAAGACGCAUAUUUACGGCGUAUCGAAACUAUAAUACAGCCAGAGGAAAUAAAUUCAAAUGUAGCAAAUGCUUUGAGAUUUGUUGUACAACAUGUAUUUGCCAACAUCACAAAUGCUUUUGUCAUUACAAUAUCAUCCGAUAAAGGUCCAAUUGAAUUUUGGUUGCACGAUUUAAUGGGUAAAUUAUUUCUAACUUGGAGUUUUAUAGCGGUUCAACUUGUUGUUCUAGACCACAAAACUGAACGUUUAGUUGUGCCCGGAGAACGUUAUUGCAAUCUGAUUAUGAUAGAUUCUUAUGAAAGUCUCGAGAAAGCCGAUCUAGCCGAAUAUAAUCGUAACUCUGAUGGUCUGGAAUAUUAUUUUAUUUUUCUACAAAUACCGGAUAAUGUAGCUGUAAAUGAAAUGCAGAGAAUUUUCAAAUAUUGUUUCGAUAAUUAUUGGAUACAUUGCAAUAUUAUGGUGCAAAAUUUAUAUGGCGAACUACUAAUUUAUACCUAUUUUCCUUUUGUGGAACACAAUUGCUUUCAAACUGAACCGACGCUGAUUAAUCAAUUUAAAAGUGGUCGUUUUGUAAACAAUAUAAUGUUUCCAGAUAAGUUGAGAGAUUUUCAAAGGUGUCCCCUGAAAUUGAGCACCUGGGAAACGCCACCAUUUGUUAUAAAUGCAACAAAUAAAAAAUAUCCAAAUAUUUCAGUAUCUGGUUUUGAAAUUGUUACAAUGAUUGCAAUUAGUCAGCAUAUGAAUUUUUCUCUGGACAUUGAUUGGAUUUCUUCGGAUACGUAUCAUAAAAACAAAACUAAUGAGCCUGGUCCCUUGACAAAGUUAAAACGCCUUCAAACUAACAUUACUAUGGGUUAUUUUCGACGUACAGCAGGUACAGAUAAAAUUGCCACACCCACCUAUGUCACCUACUAUAUACCAAUUGCCGCUAUAAACAUACGCAAACAAGUCCAACAUAUAUCCAUGAGCAUAUUAACAUUUCCAUUUGAUAAAACCACUUGGAUUUUGAUGAUAACCUUUUAUGGCUUACUUGCAGGAAUUAACUGUUUUAAAAACAGAAGAAUUAAAGUGCCAAGUUUUCAAAUAUUUGAAAUUAUUAUUGGUAUGCCAACAACAAAGGUACCCAGGAGAUCGUCGAAGAGAAUACAUUUUACAACAGUAUUAUUAAGUUCAUUCAUACUACGUUCUAUCUAUGAGUCGUUGCUUUUCCUUCUUUUCCGAACAAAUUUCUAUCAAGCUGCACCGAUUACAUUAAAUGCUUUAGUGACCGCUGGUUACAAAGCAGUGUCCACUGAAUUGACUAAAGAAUUUUUACUCUAUGUUCCGGAAAUUGAAGACAAAUCGCUACCAUUAAUUACGAUCAAUACCACAGACGAAAUAUAUCCAUUGAGUUAUAUGGAUCGUUAUCGUAACGAAAGUUUAGUGGCCAUGUCUAUUGUCGAAUUCGCCAUUCGCUAUGUGCGAGAACAAAUGACCGUUGGAGAAGCCCUUCAGAUUUUAGCCAUUAAUGUUAAGGAUCAACAAAUUGGUUUCUACUUAUCCAAACAUUCAUAUUUAAGUCGUCGCUUUGAUUAUUAUAUUUUACAUUUUCAUCAAGCUGGGCUCUUAAAUAAAUGGAGAGAAUGGACAAAUUUGUAUUACCAAGUUACCACAAAACGUUCCUCUACCGUCUACGAAGAUGCUUUAAUGAUUAUUUAA